AACCACUGCCGGAGUGCUGGUAUGUUUCUGGUAGGAGUCCGUGGGAACGAAAAAAAGUCAUCUUGAAAACAAACGCAGGGAACGGGAACCUGGCAUGGCAGAUGGCACCCACCAGGCCACCACCUCCGCCGACAGCGAGCACGGCCACCAGCAUCACCCCUGCCCUGCCAUACUCACUUUGACCCCGGCCCCGGGCGCCUAGUCUAUUCUCUGAUUUCUCUCUGCCUGCCAAGAAUCCCGCCAGUUGCCUUCCACUUCCGCCAGACUCCGCGUUCCUCCUGACUCCUGAGCAGCUGCCGCCUGCCCGAGAGUGGAGGGGGAGGCAGGCGCCCAGGCCAAUGGGUGGGACGGGGAGCGCGACGGCGGCGCAGGCCCUGGCGCUCGCCGCCUUGCUCCUCGCCUGCUCCGGCGUCGCCGUCGUCACGGCGCAGGACAUCGAGCGGAUCCAAGGAAGUGCCGGCGACGUGCUGGAGGACGACCCCGUCGGGCGGCUCAAGGUGUACGUGUACGAGCUGCCCCCCAAGUACAACAAGAACGUGGUGGCGAAGGACUCGCGGUGCCUGAGCCACAUGUUCGCCACGGAGAUCUUCAUGCACCGCUUCCUGCUGGCGAGCGCGGUCCGGACCCUGAACCCGGACGAGGCGGACUGGUUCUACACCCCGGUCUACACCACGUGCGACCUCACGCCGUGGGGCCAUCCCCUCACCGUCAAGUCCCCGCGGAUGAUGAGGAGCGCCAUCCAGUACGUCUCCAAGCGCUGGCCCUACUGGAACAGGACGGAGGGGGCCGACCAUUUCUUCGUCACUCCACAUGACUUUGGAGCGUGCUUCUACUUCCAGGAAGAGAAGGCCAUCCAGCGAGGUGUCCUCCCGGUGCUGCGCCGCGCUACGCUGGUCCAGACGUUUGGGCAGAAGAACCAUGUCUGCCUCAGGGAAGGCUCCAUCACCAUCCCGCCAUACGCUCCGCCUCACAAGAUAAGAGCUCAUAUCGUCCCGCCAGAGACGCCUCGGUCGAUCUUCGUCUACUUCCGCGGCCUGUUCUACGACACCGCGAACGACCCCGAGGGUGGUUACUAUGCAAGGGGCGCCCGUGCGUCGGUGUGGGAGAACUUCAAGAACAACGCGCUGUUCGACAUCUCGACGGAGCACCCGCCGACGUACUACGAGGACAUGCAGCGCGCCAUCUUCUGCCUGUGCCCGCUGGGCUGGGCGCCGUGGAGCCCGCGCCUGGUGGAGGCCGUGGUGUUCGGCUGCAUCCCCGUCAUCAUCGCCGACGACAUCGUGCUGCCCUUCGCGGACGCCAUCCCGUGGGAGGAGAUCGCCGUGUUCGUGCCCGAGGACGACGUCCUGAGGCUGGACACCAUCCUCACGUCCAUCCCCAUGGACGAGAUCCUCCGCAAGCAGAGGCUGCUGGCCAACCCGUCCAUGAAGCAGGCGAUGCUGUUCCCGCAGCCCGCGGAGCCGAGGGACGCCUUCCACCAGGUCCUCAACGGGCUGGCGCGCAAGCUGCCCCACCCCAAGGACGUCUUCCUCAAGCCCGGCCAGAAGGUGCUCAACUGGACAGAGGGCGCCCAGGAUGACCUCAAGCCGUGGUAGGCCGUGGCUGCUGCUCUUUUGUAAACGACACAACCAGAUCGAUGAUGGUGAUGCUGAUGAGUGAACCACACAACCAUUGGUUAAAUGUAAAGCUCUUAAUCCUCUUGCUCCUCCAACCUUUCUUCUUUUUGAUUUUGAGGCAAUGUGCAUGUCUUGCCUGUAUAUAUACACUAGUACAUGACAAUCAGGGUGGCCGGCCGGGGCAAGACAAAUUGAGGUGCCAACACAUUACACACUAAUAGUAUUAGUAUUAUAUUCUA